UUGAUGUAUAAUGCUUGUUUGUGUUGGAAACUUUAUGGCGCCAAUUAUGCCACUUUGCUGUUAUUUGUGAAUUUUUUUUCAUAUUUUUAAAAAUGCCGGCUUUUUUAAAGCAUAUUGAAGUGGAAAACUUCAAAUCUUAUAAAGGAAAGCUUAUUAUAGGACCUUUAAAAUCAUUUACCGCUGUCGUUGGUCCAAAUGGUUCUGGAAAAUCAAAUUUUAUGGACGCAAUUAGUUUUGUUAUGGGAGAAAAAACAAGUAGUUUACGAGUAAAACGGUUUAGUGAAUUAAUACAUGGAGCUUCAAUAGGGAUGCCAGUUGCUCGAAGUGCAUCUGUAACUGCUGUGUUUGAAUUAGAAGAUGGUACUGAAAAAAGUUUUAUGCGUUCUGUUCAAGGAUCUUCUUCAGAACAUAGAAUAAAUAAUAAUGUUGUUACUAGCCAAGUUUAUCUUAAUGAACUGGAACAACUCGGUAUUAAUGUUAAAGCAAAAAAUUUUCUGGUAUUUCAAGGAGCUGUUGAAUCAAUAGCUAUGAAAAAUCCAAAAGAACGUACUGCACUUUUUGAAGAAAUUAGUAAUUCUGGAGCAUUAAAGGCAGAAUACGAAAGACUAAGAACAGAAAUGUUAAAAGCAGAAGAAGAAACUCAAUUUUCAUAUCAAAAAAAGAAAGGUAUUGCUGCAGAACGGAAAGAAGCAAAACUUGAAAAAGAAGAAGCUGAAAAGUAUCAACGUUUAAAAGAAGAAUAUAUAGAGAAACAAGUAGAACUUCAACUAUUUCGUUCAUUUCAUAAUGAAAAAAGUACAGAGAACUUAGAAGUUUUACAAAAGAAAAAACAACAUGAAAUAGAAAAAAUUGAAAAGAAAAAAGAAAAAGCAGAGGAAUUAUUAAAAGAAAAAAAGAAAGAAGCUGGAAAAUUGGGAAGAGAUCUUGCUAAAAUAGAGCAGGAUAUUAGAGAAGUAGAAGUUGAAAUAACAAAAAAAAGACCCACAUUUAUUAAAGCAAAAGAACGUGUUGCACAUAUGCAGAAAAAAGUAGAAUCAGCUAGAAAAUCAUUAGCUCAAGCACGUAUUGCAGAUGAAGCUCAUAAGAAAGACAUACAUGAACUUCAAGAAGAAUUACGACAAGUUGAAGAAGCUAAAGCAGCUUAUGAAGCAAGUAUUGCUGGUCAAUCACAAUUACAAGGAAGAGAUGUGCAACUUGAAGAUGAACAGGUUAGAGAAUAUAAUCGCUUGAAGGAAGAAGCAGGUAAACAAUCAGCAAGAUAUUUACAACUUCUUGAUUCUAUUAAUCGAGAACAAAAAUCAGAUCAAGAUAGACUUGAUAAUGAAGGAAGAAAGAAGACAGAAAUAGAAAAUAAACAUAAACAAAAAGGUCAUAUGCGAGAUGAAGCUCUUAAAAGAGUGGAAAAAUUAGAAGAGCAUAUAAGAACAUCAGAAGCUGCCUUAGAAGAUCAGAAAAAGUUACGAGCCGAUUUACAAUCUGAUGUUGGUACAUCAAAAGAUAAAAUACAAAAUUUACAGCGAGAAUUAGAAAGUAUUUCUGAACAACUAGGUGAUGCAAAAGUUGACAAACAUGAAGUAUCAAGAACUAAAAAAAAAACCGAGAUUGUGGAAAAUUUUAAACGCCUUUUUCCUGGAGUGUAUGAUCGUAUGUACAAUAUGUGUGAACCUAUUCACAAAAGAUAUAAUGUUGCAAUUACAAAAGUUCUUGGAAAAUAUAUGGAAGCUAUUGUUGUUGAUACUGAAAAAACAGCUAGACAAUGUAUUCAAUAUCUUAAAGAGCAAUAUCUUGAACCAGAAACAUUUCUCCCUCUUGAUUACAUUCAAGCAAAACCAUUAAAAGAAAGACUUAGAAAUAUUCAAGAACCUAAAAAUGUAAAAUUAUUAUAUGAUGUAUUACAUUUUUCACCCAAAGAUAUUGAUAGAGCUGUAUUAUUUGCUACAAACAAUGCACUUGUAUGUGAAACACCUGAAGAUGCAAAUAAAGUAGCUUAUGAAAUGGAUAAAAAAGCAAGAUAUGAUUGUGUUGCAUUAGAUGGAACAUUUUAUCAAAAAGCCGGAAUAAUAUCUGGUGGUAGUUUAGAUCUUGCAAAAAAAGCAAAAAGAUGGGAUGAAAAACAAAUGUCUCAAUUAAAAGCACAGAAAGAAAAAUUAACAGAAGAAUUGCGUGAAUCAUUGAAAAAAUCACGAAAAGAAUCAGAAUUAAAUACAGUUGAAUCUCAAAUACGAGGAUUGGAAACACGUUUAAAAUAUAAUAAAAGCGAUUUGGCUGCUACGCAAAAACAAAUUGCAGAAUUAGAAACAGAAUUAGAUGCUCUUCAGAAUGAAUUAAAUAUGUUUGGUCCAGCAAUAGCUGCAAUUGAAAAAACUAUGGCUGAAAGAGAUCAAGAAAUACAAAACAUCAAAGAAAAAAUGAAUAAUGUUGAAGAUGAUGUAUUUGCUAGCUUCUGUGAACAAAUAGGUGUAUCCAACAUUCGACAAUAUGAGGAAAGAGAAUUACGUUCACAACAAGAAAGAGCAAAAAAGAGAAUGGAAUUUGAAAAUCAAUGUAAUCGUAUUUAUAAUCAAUUAGAUUUUGAGAAACAACGUGAUACGGAAAGUAAUGUUUUACGAUGGGAACGUGCCGUACAAGAUGCUGAAGAUAAACUUGAGUCUGCCCGACAAACUGAAUCUAAUCAAAAAGCAGAAAUAGAUCAUGAUGAAACUCAGAUGGAACAAUUGAAAUCGGCACGAAAUGCAAAAAAAAUGGAAGUUGAUCAAAAAGAAGAUGAAAUAGGCAAAGCUAGACGUGAAGUUGGAGCAAUAGCAAAAGAUAUACAAGCUGCUCAAAAACAAUUGAAUGCUAUUGAAACUAAAAUUGAACAAAAGAAAGCUGAACGUCAUGCUAUUUUAAUGCAAUGCAAGAUGGAAGACAUUGCAAUACCAAUGCUUCAUGGAAAUAUGGAAGAUAUUGCUAGUGAAACUAGUACAACUAAUACUUCAGACACUAACAAUGAUUCAUCUUUAAAUACUCAACAACAAUAUGAACGUGAAAAACGAAUAACUAUAGAUUAUGCUCUUCUUCCUGAAAAUUUGAAGGAUAUAGAAGAAGAAGAUAUUAAAAAAACUACUGACAAAUUGACAAAAAUAAUUAAUGAUUUACAAAGUACUAUUCAACGUAUUCAAGCUCCCAAUAUGAAGGCAAUUCAAAAAUUAUAUCUUGCUAAAGAGAAAUUACAAGAAACUAAUGAAGAAUUUGAACAAUCUCGUAAAAAAGCAAAAAAGGCAAAAACACAAUUUGAAAAAAUAAAAAAAGAAAGACACGAUAGAUUUAUGGCUUGUUUUGAACAUGUAGCUAAUGAAAUUGAUCCAAUUUAUAAGAGUUUAGCAAAGAAUCAAUCUGCUCAAGCAUUUCUUGGACCAGAAAAUCCAGAAGAACCUUAUUUAGAUGGUAUUAAUUAUAAUUGUGUAGCACCUGGAAAACGAUUUCAACCAAUGUCUAAUUUAUCUGGUGGGGAGAAAACUGUUGCAGCAUUAGCACUAUUAUUUGCAAUUCAUAGUUUUCAACCUGCACCAUUUUUUGUUUUGGAUGAAAUUGAUGCUGCAUUGGAUAAUACUAAUAUAGGAAAAGUAGCUAGUUACAUACGUGAUAAAACAAGUUCUUUACAAACGAUUGUCAUAUCUUUAAAAGAAGAAUUUUAUUCUCAUGCUGAUGCAUUAAUUGGUAUCUGCCCAGAUGUUGGUGAAUGUCUGGAAAGUAAAGUAUUAACUCUUGAUUUAACUACAUAUCCCACGCACAUUAAUGCAUAGGAUAUAUUUAUUACAAUUAUGUAUUACAAUUAUAUUUUUUAUUUUAUGAUUUUAUUUUACAUUUAAUAAUUUUAUGUUUAAUAUUUAAAUUUCU